AUGCUUCAUCAAAUCUGCAGGGCAGAAGUCAAGUAUUUGCGCCUCGAAAAAGUGCUUCUACCAGCAGGGGCCGACCCAGAGAUUGUGAGAAUCACCUCACGCGCAUAUUGUUGGACUCGUGAAUGGCGCAAGGACAACGUCAAGCCAGGUCUCGAGGAGAUCCUCCCCAUCUCGGAGGAAGAGUCUGCUGUCAGUUCCUGGUGGAACAACGGUGCUCCAAAAAUUCUUCGCGUGAUUGGGAGAUUCCAGGACCGGAUGGAACAUGCCGAAGGGAUUUCUCAUCUUGAAGAAGAACUGCUGGAAUACACCACAGCAGAGGACGUACUACAUCAAACGCUGCAAGCAUGCAAGAGCAGCCCAGCCGACGAAGUCAAGGACGUCCCGCGAGAGCAUCUAAGAGCCAUCGCGGCCAGCACAGGAGGCACAGACUUGAACAAGGCUCUCAAUGAACACCCAGAGACUUGGUACUUCAAAUAUGUACCCAACACGCAAAAGCUCACCUACAGUAAUGAGGACCCGGCUUGGUGGAUUCAAUUGAAUGCCGCCGACGCCGGCACGCUUCAGAGCUGGGCCCCAGAGAACCAUGAUCGGCAGUGGAUUGUUGCCUUCGCCAAAGAGAACUGGAAGCACGACUUCGAAGGCUGGCAGCGGCU